AUGAUCAUCAAAGCUCCACCACCCCCACCACCACCACCACCGCCACCUCCUCCUCCUCCUCCUCCUCCUCCUCCUCCUCAGAUAGUCACAUCCAGUAGGAACCCAUCUCCCCCACCUCCUCUUGUAAGCUCUGAAAAUGUUCCACAGCCAGCACCACGGCCUCCAGCUAAACCUAUUAAGGAUACACGACCUCCACCUCCACCUCCACCACCGCCACCACCUCCACCUUUACCUCCCCUAAGUUCACCAAGCAGAAGUCUUCCAGCUCCAGCUCCACCCCCACCUCCUUUUUCUAGUAAAGGAUCUCUGACUACACUUCCACCUCCACCACCUCCACCUCCACCACCACCUCUGUUUUCUCAAAAAGGACCUCCAUCUUUACCACCCUCCCCACCUCCUGCUGUAAGACAUGCUGGAACAAACGAUGCUCAUGGAGUGCCACCUCCACCUCCACCGCCACCUUUACCUCCCCAGAGAUCCUCUAUUAAAAGCCCUCCAGCUCCGCCCCCACCUCCUCCUUUGUACAAUAAAAGACCUCCAUCUCCAUCACCCCCUCCUGCUGUAAGCCGUGUUGGAACAAAUGGGGCUCGUGGAGCACCGCCUCCACCCCCACCUUUACCACCCCGGAACUCUUCAGGAAAAGGGCCUCCUGUUCCGCCACCCCCUCCUCCUUCAUAUAGUAAUAGACCUCCUCCUCCACCACCACCACCACCACGUCCUGCAAAUACAAGCCAUAUUGGGAUAAAUGAUACUCGUGGAGCCCCACCUCCUCCUCCACCACCACCACCACCACGUCCUGCAAAUACAAGCCAUAUUGGGAUAAAUGAUACUCGUGGAGCCCCACCUCCUCCUCCACCACCUCCAAUAUUAAGUCAUGGUUCUCCAAUUCCCCCACCACCUCCUAGACUUCCUUCCCGAGGUGGGCCAGUUCCACCACCACCGCCACCACCACCAUCUCAGGUAUCAAAGCAGUCUGUUCCUGUGCCGUCUCCACCACCCUUUCAUGGGGUAAGCCAUGCAAAUAUACCUGGUCGACCACAACAUCCUGGAGCAAAAGUGCCAGUUAACCCAAUACCACCACCACCAUCUGCUGCUGGAAGGGGAAGAUCUAUGGCACCAAAUUCAGGACGAGAUCGUGGAGCUACGCCAGGUGCUAAUGUACCUAAGAAAGCAUCUUUGAAGCCACUACACUGGGUUAAGGUUACUCGAGCAGUGCAAGGAAGUUUAUGGGCUGAUUCUCAGAAACAGGAGAACCAAGCAAGGUAG